CCACGGUUGCGCGAGGGAUAGGGGCCAUCGCCGGUGGAGGAAGCGAGGCAGUGUCUACACUGACAGCCGACCCACUCGCUCAACAAUUAUCCCAGGAGAUGUAUACGAUCCAACAGAUCAAUAACUAUUCUGCGACCGUCUUUUCGGACGCAAGAGAAGCCCUAGAACUUUGGGCAAACGACACCUUUGCUGGCCGACAGGACGCACGGAAUAACGAUAUUCUGUAUGGGUGAUUACUUCCAAGAUGGAUCGUUUGUGAACGGAGGCAGUUUCCCGAGCAUUGCUCAAGUUGAGAGCUUUUCAUCCAACCAGCUGGCUGCAAGAUUAGUCAACUCAGGCUGGAGCACCCAGAAAAUAUAUAUCACUAGGACAGAAACCGAUAACCCGAACGACAAAUCAGGUCCUAACCAAGGCCGGUACUACUCGCCUGAGGAGAAGGCCGUGUAUUAUCUUUACAGGUAUCAAGAGGACGGCAACAUCAAAGGGCAUGUCGAACAACCGUGGGGCCUCGAUAAGCUUCGCGGUGCGCCUUACUUCAUCACAGGAGAGGAUAUCGUCAAGGCUUCGGUGGGUGCCUGGAGGUUUGCGCCGACGAAUUACACCUAUGAUCAAGGUAUCCGUCAAGUAAUCGAAAUGGCCAUCUCCAACCAAGCCGUCUCCCCUUUUAAAGAAGGUGCCGGCUUCAGUGGUACUUUUACCAUCCCUGUUUGCGAUACGGGAAAGCGGAACUUCAAUUCUCAAUGGACUUCUCCCUCGAAAAGAGUCGUUUCAACAGGAAAGCUUCCAUGCUGUUGUGGGCCGAAUUACUUUACUUGUGUCAUGCAAAACGCAGUUCAGGGAUACCUGGAAGGACCUUAAUAUUGACACCAUUGACUACGGAUUUACGAUUGACAGCAAGUACAAGGACACUGAUAAAGUAAAUGGAGGCCAUGUCUUGAAACUGCCACCAACGUUGCUACUUGUUUGCUUUACGUUGUCGGGCGUCAUCUGGCAUU